AUAGAUGUGCUAGCACGUACACUUGAAAACCUCUUCUUCGUAUUGCUAUCAAAAGCAGCUGUGUACUUGAGUUCGAUCGUUCGCGGCCGGGGUGACAUUUAAUUGCUAUUCAAUAUGCUAAUACGCUCGGCUGUGCUUAAUGCAGUAGUGCAUAGCAAAUACGUGAAUGUGAAUUACAAAGUUUUUAAAUUAACCGCCUGCAAAGUUCAACUAAACAAUCGAAGAUGCUUUUCUGAUAGCGCUUAUUUCCAUCAUGUGGGCAAGGAGCCUCUACUUUAUCGCACCUUUGGAGAGCAGCUCCAAAUAUCCGCUUCGAAGUACAGCGCCCGACCUGCGCUCAUUUCGUACCACGAAGGCAAGCGUUAUUCCUUUGCGGAAAUCAAACAGGAAGCAGAAAAUCUUGCCGUAAAACUUAACGAGCUCGGCAUGCAACGCGGCGAUCAUUUGGGAAUUUGGAUUACGAAUAAUUCCCAGUGGUACAUUAGUUACAUGGCAGCUGCAUUAGCUGGAUACACAGUCGUUUGCAUAAAUCCCGCGUUCCAGCCACAAGAAAUCGCGUAUGCGCUGAGGAAAGCACGCGUCAAAACACUCAUCACAAUGGCCGAGUGCGGCAAGCAAAAUUUCUAUGGAAUUUUGAAAGAAAUAUUGUCGAGUGCGAGCAUAAAUGGAGCCGGCCCUAUUGAUGACCCACAAUUUCCCGAUUUACGUUAUGUUGUCAUGCAAAGUGAGGCUCCGUUGAGUGAGUUCCUAAGCUGGGAUGAGCUACGACGCAACUCUGCUCUACCAUCAGAUAUAAAUGAACUGAAUCAAAAAGUCGAACAAAUCUCACCGGAGCAGGUCUACAAUAUACAAUUCACAUCAGGUACCACUGGCCUACCCAAAGUGGCGUUGCUUAGCCACUUUGCCUGCGUGAAUCAAGCUCGCAUAUUUGGGCGGAUAAUUCAGUUACAGAAAACUCCUAAACACCUGUGUUUGGCAGUGCCCUUAUUCCACAUUUUCGGCUUAAGUGUAAUGUUCGCCAGCUUUACAUAUGGAUCGACACUGGUGCUUCCCAAUCCAAGGUUCGAUUCAAUUGCCACGCUGGAAAGUAUAUCAAAAGAAGACUGCCAUAUCAUACUAGGCACACCCACCAUGUACGUGGACAUGUUGGAGAAGCAACGGCGAUUGCAAAAACCAUUACCAUCACUGGAAUCUGGCGUAGUUGGCGGCGCGGCAUGCUCGCCAGAGGUCUACUACCAAACGAAGAAGUUACUGAACUUAAAACAUUUUCUUAUUGGAUAUGGAUUGUCAGAAUCGUGUGGUGCAUGCUUUUUUCAAACUGGUGCAGACAAUGACGACGAACCAGCACAAACAGUUGGAGGAAUAUUUGAACAUCUUGAGGCAAAAGUUAUCGAUGAUCAAGGCAAGAUAGUGCGAUUUGGGGAAGCUGGAGAGUUGUGUCUGCGCGGAUACUUGAUCAUGACCGAAUAUAUGGACGAUGUGGAAAAAACCAAAGAAGUGUUGGAUAAACAUGGCUGGUUCAAGACUGGUGACAAAUUUUCGUUGGACUCCAAUGGUGUGGGGCGUAUUGUUGGGCGCAAAAAAGAUAUCAUUAUACGUGGCGGUGAAAACAUAUUUCCGAAAGAGAUUGAAGAUCAACUGGACGCACAUGAAGACAUAAUAGAAUCACAGGUGAUUGGUGUUCCUGAUCAGCGUAUGGGCGAGGAGGUUUGCGCCUAUUUACGUCUACGUCCUGGCGCUAAACAGCUGGCACUUGAGGAAAUAAAGGAAUUUUUCAAAGGAAAAAUAGCCCACUUUAAAGUGCCCCGUUAUAUUCGUUUCGUCGAGGAAUAUCCAAAAACUGCAUCUGGAAAGAUAAAAAAGUUCGAGUUGUUGAAAUUGUUUGAAAACGAAUUAAAAAAUGGCGAGGAUAGAGAAGGGCGAUGAUGCAUUAAACACAAUCGAAGUGCAUUUUUUAUGUAGCUGUUUACUUUUACGAUUAAUUUCAAGAUGUGUUUAAGAACAUUUUUUUGUUGAUUUUAUAACAUUUUUAUUUAAUUUUUUAUUUUUAAAAGAAGUUUUCAAUCUGAGUAGAUUUGAACUUGUCAGCUCAAAUAUGGGUAUUCCAGGAAAUUCUGCGUGUUCGUGAAUAAAUCAUUUCCAAAAUUUAA